UGGCAGAUAAAAUUUAGUCUGCUAGCAACCGCGGUGACGGGACUGGCGGUCGAUUCUACCGAACAUUUUUUGGGCUCGGUAUUUAAUCGUAUAUUUACAAUUGUUGUUUAACAUCGAAUCGCACCGUUGUAUAUUUGACCAUCGAACAUUGUUACAUUAAAAAAAAUAUUAUGCCCGGGAAUAUUUCAAGCGUAAGCGUACCCACGAAGGUUCACGAGGGUCAAAAGCCGGGUACUUCGGGUCUACGAAAAGCCGUCAAAGUCUUCACACAGGAGCAUUAUACUGAAAAUUUUAUCCAAUCAAUUUUGGAAGCUCUUGGCGAUCGUUUGACCGGGUGCACGCUGGUCGUCGGCGGUGACGGCCGAUAUUACGGCAAGGAGGCCGUUGCAAAAAUCAUAAGAAUCGCUGCAGCUAACGGGGUAGGCAAGUUGAUAGUAGGACAGAAUGGAAUCCUAUCAACUCCGGCUGUUUCGGCUAUUAUUCGCAAGUACAAAACUCUAGGGGGAAUUCUUUUAACCGCAUCACACAACCCUGGUGGUCCAGAUGCUGAUUUUGGAAUAAAGUUCAAUUGUGAAAACGGCGGACCUGCACCUGAUGCUGUUACCAACAAAAUUUAUGACAUAACCAAAACUUUGAAAAGCUACAAAAUUGCUUCAGGGAUCAACGUUGAUAUAUCUAAAAUUCAGAGUACGAAUAUAGAAGUCGAUGGAAGAAAUUUUACUGUCGAUGUUAUUGACUCUGUCAACGAUUACGUUGAACUGAUGAAGAGCAUUUUUGAUUUCGCCGCUCUUAAGAAACUUAUCCAAGGCAGCACGGAACGAUCUGCUUUUCAAGUUCUUAUCAACUCAAUGAGUGGCGUCACUGGGCCAUAUGUAAAACGGAUAUUUAUCGACGAAUUGGGCGCAGCUGAAGCAAACACAGUAAAUAUCAUUCCAUUGGAAGACUUUGGUGGACUUCAUCCUGAUCCUAACUUGACUUACGCAGUAGAUCUUGUGAAUACUGUUAAAAACGGCCCUUACGAUCUUGGAGCAGCCUUUGAUGGCGAUGGAGAUAGAAACAUGAUAAUAGGCAAGAAGGCCUUCUUUGUCAAUCCGUCAGAUUCGUUGGCAGUCAUAGCUGCGAAUUUGGAUUCUAUUCCAUACUUUAAAAAGACAGGUGUAAGAGGUUACGCUCGAUCUAUGCCUACAAGUGGUGCUGUUGAUCGAGUAGCUGCAGCAACUGGUGUUGAAUUCUUUGAAGUGCCAACAGGAUGGAAGUAUUUUGGCAAUCUAAUGGAUGCAGGAAGACUUUCUUUAUGUGGUGAGGAAAGUUUUGGAACUGGUUCCGACCAUAUUCGCGAAAAAGAUGGAGUUUGGGCAUGUCUUGCUUGGCUCAGCAUUAUUGCACACUCAGGUAAAUCUGUCGAGGAAAUUCUGCAAGCACAUUGGACCAAGUAUGGUAGAAACUUUUUUACAAGAUAUGAUUACGAAAAUUGUGCAUCUGACGCUGCAAAUAAAAUGAUGCUCGAACUUGAACAGCAUAUUAGCAAUCCAAGUUUCAAAGGAACAAAACUUACAAAUGUGGACAAGUCGUAUGUUGUUAAACAUGCUGACAAUUACGCGUACAAGGAUCCAAUUGAUGGAAGUGUUGCUCAGAAACAGGGUCUGCGAGUGUUGUUUGAAGAUGGUUCUCGAGUGAUCUUUCGUUUAUCUGGAACAGGUAGUUCUGGAGCUACAAUCCGUCUUUAUGUUGAAAGUUAUGAGUCUGACCCAACAACUUACAACGAAGAUCCCCAAAAAAUUCUUGCUCCGCUUCUAAAUAUUGCUCUUCAAUUGAGUAAACUCCAGGAGCACACUGGACGUAACGCUCCAACUGUCAUCACAUAAAACUUAUUAGCUAGUCCACAUUCGUCUACAGUACCUAGCACUUUUCAUCGCAGCAGUAUGUAUAGUAUAUUUAAUUAUACAAAUUUUGUGUUAGACGUACAAUGCAUAUUUGAAUAGUUUUAAUUUUAUCAAAAAAAAUUCUGAAUUAAAGUUCAAUAUGAUAAAAGAAGGUCCGAUUUUACCAGAGACUCGAUCAUAAACUUCUUUACCGAACUUCUCACCGCAGAAUGCAACCUUUGUGAUAUUUACAAUGCCAAAUACACCUCUUCAAUUUAUAUCGUAUACUCGAUUAUGCAGAAUUGCAAUGAAAUGCAUAAUACUGUUUGAUAAAAGAGGAUGCUUUCUACAAGAUUAUUACAGCUAACAACCAUGUUGCAAUUAGAUUGAAAUAGAAUUUAAAAGUUGUUUUCCUCAAAAUGUUCUUAUUCCAAAAAAAAAGCAAUAAUGUAGUGAUUAACAUGAGGAAAUUUUACAUACAGGAAGUAAGUGUUAUAUAGCUUUAGAUAUUUGAGUUGUCAUCUGAAAAAAAAUUUGUCUGAAAAGUAAUAUUGCUGCUCAACUUUUUUUUCACUUUUACACGAAUUUUUCAUGUACAAGAAGCAUCUCAAUUUUAUCCAUGAGAAUGCUGCAAUUAAAAUAUUAUAUUCUCAAACUUUGCCGAUACUUAAAAUUUAUAUAUUCUGAAUAAUAGAUUUUUAUAGUCCGAUUAUAUAUGUUCUUAACAUAAAUCACUUACUCGAAAAGCACAGUUUAUGAUAAAAGAAUGAUGGUUUAAAUUUACUCCGAAAGAUAAAGACGCUUUACUACAUUACUUUACAUUCUCGUACAAAUAAAUUGCGGAGUAAUGGUAGGGAUGAUUUUUAAUCGUCGAAAAAUCAAUGUCAUUGGCUGUCUGUAAGUUUUGACAUACCAACAGUAUCACUUACUUACAUGAACCUGAAAAGGGGUAACUUUUCAAGUGUCCAAGUAAUAAAACAAAAACGCUGAAUACAUUCAGUUAAAAAUUCGCUUUAGAACUAAAUUGAACAAUGCGGUCUAAUAUUAUUAGUUUAUAUUACCGUUAACUUAACUGUACAGAAAAUAACGACACAGUUAUCAUAGAUCGAUAGAUAUCUAUUGUGAUCAUAUCAAUACGAAUUACUUUUAGUAUUUAAAAAUUGCAACUUGAGAUAUAACUUGAUAUUGCUGUUUACCAGCUCUACAAGUUAUUCAAUGUAAUAAUUUACGACAUAAUUGUCAAAUCAUCAAUGUGAACAAAUAUCAGUGCCUGAACAUGAAUUUGAAAUUUAUCGAACGACAAAAACCAGCUCUUCGUGGCAAAUAAUGAGUUCCUCACAAUUUUUACCGCAGGGGUUCAAUACAGCUUACCUUUUAGUAUUCAGAAUGAAAAACAUUCUUACCAUUCUAAUCAUUAAUACUUAACAGUAUAUCAACAUGCAUACACUACAUUCUGACAUGAUCUGCUGUUCUGGUAUAUCGACAUAAAUUGCUCAGUGAUGAAAAAUCUAUCAAGCCAACGAUUGAAAUGGGUAGUUUGCUUAUUUCUUUUCAUAUGCUUUAGAUGCUCAACACUAUUUUUACAAUUAUAUAUAAUUUUAUUUUUUUUAAACAUCCACGAGACAAUUACGAACUUAGGUACCUAUGAUAUUUCAUCACGUUUUUCUAUCAAUCAGUAACUUGCUAGUAAAGUGAAUUUAUUCUGCAUACAAUUUGUAUUUCCUUAUCAAUUACUGCUUGCAUUAUAUAUAUUCAGUUAAUUUGUAUGGGAAACUUUAGUCAGUGCAUGGAUGUGCGGAAUACUAGUAAUUUUUCAAAGAUCUAGGAAAAAUGAUAAAAUUGAAAUUUUCAAUUUUCUAUGAAGUUUGAAAAAAUGACCCUCCACACCGCUAAGGUUGGACAUAGUUUUGAAAAUAAGAGAUAUCUAUAAGUUUGUUAUGAAAAUGUGAUGGUGAUGUAAAAUUAACAAUGACAUCAUUUUGUUUGUGAUGUCUCGUGUCUCUUCAUACAAAACUAUACAUAGAGUAAGUUAUACUAAACAGUUUAAUACUAAAAGUAUUUCAAGAAAUGUGAAUGUCAGUAUGACAUUCACCGAAAAAUUGCGAAAUAAAUUUAAUUGGUAUGGCAAUGUACAUUACAACGAAGUGUACAAACAAAAAACCAACUAUCUACAGUUUUAAAAUUCCACUGAAUACAGCGUUAAGUAAUCGUAAAGAAAAAACAAUUUUAUGAUAAUUAAAGAGGUUUAAUGGUAAUCAGUUUAUACGAGUAUAAUCGCAGAUAGAAAUAUUCUUAGUUCACUUUUUGCUUUUAUUAAUUGUUGCUUCAGCUAAUGGAAAAUAAGUAAAAAAAAAACACAAAAAAAAUGUAUAUAUACAUUCAUGUAACAUACUAAUGGGAUCUAUAUUGCUUGUAUAAAUGUGAGGUUAGUCUUUUUCUUUCUUAAAAGUUUUUUUCAAACAAUUUUGUUUUAGCGCUAAGUAUUUGACAACAAAGUAAUAUAUGUCCUUUAAUGAUGUAGUGUUAAUAGCUUGUGUAGUUUGCAACUAUCAUUUCAUUGUGUCAAAAUUCGAUUUGUAAAGGACUGUAGGUUUUGAUAAGAGAUGAAGAAUCCUAGAGAAAAACGUCGUUUUCAAGUACAAUGGCCAAUUUGACAUAGCAGAUUUUUGAUUAGUUUUCAUCUUCGGUCUUGAUUAAUUUUUUUGUGUUUUCUUUUUUGUUUUGUUUUUGCAAACGACGUUUUCAGGUGGGUCUGAAAUUUUUUGAGAUUAUGCGUCUGGAAGAUUCCAAUGGAAUUCUGUAAAUAAUCGAUGAUGAGCGGGAGGAUACUUGGGGACCUGAGGCGACACAAGCUCCCAUCCGACUAAAACCUCCAUGUCACAAUUCAAUAUGCACGUAGUUGUCUUGGAAAGUAUUUAACCUUUUAACUGCCACUGUAGCAUAUUUGCUACAAUGAUGAAACCGUUAUUUUUACAAAUAUCUACUUCAAUUCAAUUUAAAAAUCCUGAACGAAUUGGAAAAUUAGUAACGCACUCUAAAGAAAGUUUUCACUGAAUAAUUUCAUUUGAAAAACUUUUUAUUUAGGCAUGAAAUUAGAAAAACUAUUUUUAAAAAGUGUAAUUUUUCAAAUAUGUUGAUUGAGAAAAAUUUGAAGUGGUUGAGAAAAAUGAUUUUUUUCAACGGCAAAGACGUCUGGCCGUUAAAGCGACAAACGUCUGUGUUCUAUUUUCUGUUGAGCUCAAAAUUAAGAGGUGCCCUAAUCAUGUAAUUGUACCUAUGUUCAAAUAACCCGUAGAAGUAAUCGUGAUAAUUUUCCAUCUUAUGUAACUUUGUAAUGGAAAGUUUUGAAGUUUCCAAAGAUAUAAUAGAGUAUUAUGAAGCUUAAUUUAAAAAUUCAGAAUUAUUUACUGCUAUUCAGAAAUUGUGGUUUGUUUUUGACCCUGUAACUUGCUACUGAUUGUGGGAAAACAAUUGGAAAUUGGCAAUGCUCUCUUUUCAAUAUUAUGAUAGUAUUUUGCCACGAAGUCAUGUCAGAUAUAUGAGCUUCUCGCCUUAAGUCUAAUUCUCCAACUCCAAAGUUGGUCUGUUGACCUGUGGAAUCUUGACCUGAAAAAAUGACUAUCUUUUCAUUAAUCACUCUCAUCUCUAUGUAUAGAUUUGUAACUGCACCGUAAUUACAGCUUCAAAAAUAUUGUCAUGUCACGCAGGAAACUGAAAACAUGUAAGAUCUGAAAAUGAAUUGAUAGACGUUCUAAAUCCAUAUUGUUGUCGAUAUAUAUUAUUUUUUAUCUAUAUAAAUUGUUCAUUAGAUAUGUGACAUGGUCUCAGGUCGUGAUGUGGUAGCUGUGUCACAAGAGACCAGCGAUGACUGCCGAUUGUACUAUAAAACAUAAACAUAUAACAUUUGUACUAUAGUAAUUACUAUCUAAGAGUUUUCGAGUGAAUGCCUAAAGCUAUACGUGUUAUUAUCCCUAAUGUGAACUUAUUUUCUGUUUAACUAGAUGUACAAACUACUCUUUCUCCACCCAAUUCAUUUAAUUACAUUAGUAGACUCUCGUAUUCCAUUUGUUACUAAGAUUUUGUCAUGAUACAAAGUUGUUAUAUUAGUGCAUUUAUCAAGUCAAAAUAUUAGGCAAAAUGGAAUGUGCAUUUGAUAUGAUUCGUAAUGUCUAUGAAUAAUUUAUUACUAAUUUUUAUUCAGAUCUAUUUGUUUCAAUUUCAUUGUAAAAGGUUGAAAUUGAAUACAGACGAUAUGUCCAAUCUUGGUAAAUUGCUUUGUAAAUUGCUUAAAUAUUGCUUCGCUUCCAUGUCGGUGAAUGUUAAAUCAAACUCGUACUAUUAUUUCAUUAGCAUGCACGUACAUAGUAUCGUAUCAUGCUGAUCAUCCUGAUUCUACUAUUGUUACAUACCCUAAGUACCUUUAAUAACGGUGGAAGAUAUAAUUAGAGGCUAUGAUUGCUGAUUAACCAUCUACUUGGUACAUUUGUGGAAUCUUCAUUUAUACAUCGCAAAUAGAUGUUGAAGUUCCAUGUACGAUGUAGAGGGAAAAAAUCUAACUAGACUGUUUAAAAUUACUUGGGAUUCGAACACUGGAGCACUGAUUUUUUUCGUUUCUUAUUCUACAAAGUGAGUGAUGAGAAGAGAAGUUGUAAUCCAGCAAUCACACUUAACAGAAAAAGUGAGAUCAUGUCAGAAUAAUAUAUAACUUUAAUUAUGAGAUGUGAAAUACUUGAAACUUUGAGGUUUCUAAGUACAUUAUUAUAGACUGGGUAUCUCCAUGCGUAUAUCCUGACAAUAUUGGUUGUUAUUAUCAAGUAUUGAAUAUGUACUGUGAGCAGGAUCCUCUUACUAAGUGGCGAACAACAAUUUUUUCUGGUUCACCUUUUUAGCGUGGAGGGUCUCUCGAUUUGUGAAGUUACUUUUUCUUAUUCAUGCAAACCUGAUGAAAUCUCAGCUGCUGUAUAUUAUUUCACACAAUUCCCCUAACUCAUAUCCGACUGAUUGUUGAAAUAUUUCGAUGAUGAUUAGUGAUAAUUAUAUGCCCAGGAAUGAAGCCAACGGAAUGUGUACAGUGGAGAGUUAUAAAUCACGCAAGGUCAGAAUAUUUUAACAAAGUAGUAUGUCUAAUUACUGUAUGUUUUUAUAAUAUACUUGGUACAUUUUUUUGCAAACCAGAAUAACGUAGUGAUUAUAAAUUGGAAUUCCUUGGUAAGUGUUUUUAUGCGGUAGUGAACAUCUGUGAUUUCUUAAUUGAUGGUAAUGGUCGUAUCACAAGAAAUUCAACUUCUUUGUUGAGUAUUUUAUUGUUAUUAUUGCUACACAUUAGACGCCGUUGAAUUUUGGAGAAUAAAGACAUCACGUAUAUAGAUGCCACAUGUUAAGUAAUUGAUAAUUUUUUAAGAUUUACCGACACAAGAAAUUUAACACCCGAGGUGCGUCACCAUUUAUUGAAUGAGUACUUUGCAAAGACUACUGUUGGCGGUACGCUUUUUAGCGUUGUAGAUUAGCGACCAUUCAUUUAACGAUGGGAACGUUUCUGCCGAACUAAAAUAAUAAAAAAAAUUCUUUUUCCUCUCAGUUAAAAAUAUUGAUUUUUGCAGAAUGCUACGAUGACUUGUUCGAUACAUGUUUUCGGAUGGUUCACGGAAAAAUGAAUGCGAUCAGCUGUAAUCCGUUGCAACAAUCGAUUUGCAAAAAUAAACCGGCAACCACAGAAA